ACCCAGCACUCCUCAGGACCGUCCUUUCCCUCCUCCAUCUUUCCCGCAGUGACGGUGACUUGGAGAACACUGAAGAUGCCUGGCAGACUCUGGAGUAAAGCUAUCUUCACCGGCUACAAGCGUGGUCUGAGGAACCAGCGCGAGCACACAGCGCUCCUGAAGAUCGAGGGAUGUUACACCAGAGAUGAGGUCGACUUCUACCUGGGCAAACGUUGUGCCUACGUCUACAAGGCCAAGAAGAACACAGUGACGCCGGGUGCCAGCCCCAACAAGACUAGAGUGAUCUGGGGGAAGGUGACCCGCGCUCAUGGAAACAGCGGGAUGGUCCGGGCCAAGUUCGGCAGCAACCUGCCAGCAAAAGCUAUCGGACACCGAAUCCGAGUGAUGCUGUAUCCUUCUCGAGUGUGAAGAGGACCCUUCAUCACACGUUGAUGUUGUUUGUACAGAAACAAUAAAUGGAUCAGAUUGAUCAA